AGGAACUCGUGCUCGGGGCCACCUGGCUGGGCUGCGAUCGCGUUUCGUUCGGGGCCGCGGGCGGCCGUGGCGAAUCGGCGGCAACGAAUAGGUGGCACGGGGGUCUGAGCGCGCUGCAGUCACCCGGGAUCCGGGUCCAGGAUGGAGCCAGCACCCUCAAGGGUCCGACUUGCCGUCCGGGAAGCCAUUCACACCCUCUCGUCUUCGGAGGAUGGCGACCACAUUUUCUGCACCCUGGGGUCCCUGAAGCGGUAUCUGGGUGAGACACAGCCUCCAGCUCACCCCGGGGAGAAGGAGGAGUUUGCCUCCGUCCACUUCUCGCCGGUCCUCAGAUGCCUUGCCAGCAGGCUGAGCCCGGGCUGGCUGGAGCUGCUCCCCGACGGCCGCCUGGAGGAGCUGUGGGCCAGCUUCUUCCUGGAGGGCCCCGCGGACCAAGCCUUCCUCGUGCUGAUGGAGGCCAUCGAGGGGGCCGCAGGCCCCAGCUUCCGGCUGAUGAAGAUGGCACAGCUGCUGGCUAGGUUCCUGCGAGAGGGCCGGCUGGCGGUGCUGAUGGAGACACAGUGUCGGCAGGAGACGCAGCCCUGCUUCCCCCUGCUCCGGGAGACGCUGCUGGGCAAGGUGGUGGCCCUGCCCGAUCACCUGGGCAACCGCCUGCAGCGGGAGAACUUGUCUGAGUUCUUACCCCAGAACUACUUCCGCCUGCUUGGCGAGGAGGUCAUCCGGGUGCUACAGGCUGUCGUAGACUCUCUCCAAGGUGGCCUGGAUUCCUCUGUGUCCUUUGUGUCCCAGGUCCUCGGGAAGGCUUGUAUCCACGGGAGGCAGCAGGAGAUCCUGGGCGUGCUGGUGCCCCGGCUGGCGGCGCUCACCCAGGGCAGCUGCCUGCACCAGCGCGUCUGCUGGCGCCUGGUGGAGCAAGUGCCGGACCGGGCCAUGGAGGCGGUGCUGACCGGACUGGUGGAGGCCGCGCAGGGGCCUGAGGUCCUGUCGCGACUGCUGGGGAACCUGGUGGUGAAGAACAAGAAGGCCCAGUUUGUGAUGACCCGGAAGCUUCUGUUCUUACAGUCCCGGCUCACGACACCCAUGCUGCAGAGCCUGCUGGGCUAUCUGGCCACGGACAGCCAGCGGCGCCCUCUCCUGCUGCAGGUGCUGAAGGAGCUGCUGGAGACGUGGGGGAGCAGCAGUGCCGUCCGCCACACGCCCCUGCUGCAGCAGCGCCACGUCAGCAAGGCCAUUCUCAUUUGCCUGGUGCACCUCAGGGAGCCGGAGCUGCGGGACAACCGGGAUGAACUGCUGGCCAGCAUGAUGGUGGGUGUGAAGUGCCGCCUGGACAGCAGCCUGCCCGCCGUGCGCCAUCUGGGCAUGAUCGUUGCCGAGGUCAUCAGCGCCCGGAUCCACCCCGAGGGGCCUCCCCUGAAAUUCCAGUAUGAAGAAGAUGAACUGAGCCUCGAGCUGCUGGCCCUGGCUUCCCACCAGCCUGCGGGUGACGGCACCUCAGAGGCAGGCACGUCCCUCACUGCAGCCACAGCAGAGCCCCCUGCAGAGACCCCCGCAGAGAUCGUGGAUGGCGGCGUCCCCCAGGCUCGGCUGGCGGGCUCUGACUCGGACCUGGACAGCGAUGAUGAGUUUGUCCCCUAUGACAUGUCAGGGGACAGAGAGCUGAAGAGCAGCAAGGCUCCUGCCUAUGUCCGUGACUGCGUGGAAGCCCUCACCACGUCUGAAGACGUGGAGCGCUGGGAGGCGGCCCUGCGGGCCCUUGAGGGUCUGGUCUCCAGGAACCCCACGGCCACUCGGGAGGUGAGCGUGGAGCUGGCUAAGGUGCUUCUGCAUCUGGAGGAGAAGACCUGUGUGGUGGGAUUUGAGCGGCUGCGGCAGAGAGCCCUGGUGGCUGUCACGGUCACAGACCCAGCCGGGGUGGCUGACUAUCUGACCUCGCAGUUCUACGCCCUCAACUACAGCCUCCGGCAGCGCAUGGACAUCCUGGACGACCCUGUUCUCUCCACCAGAAGAAAAUCAGCCGGCUGCGGUGGCGCCUGUGGCCCCUCUUCUCUUGAAGCUGAGGUGCUGACUCUGGCUGCACAGGAGCUGUCGGGGCCUGGGUGCCUCAGGAGGGCUCUGCACCCUGGCUCCCCGAGUCCUGGUACCCGGUGCCUGCAGGUGGCAGCUGCCUCUCAGCCUGGCAGUGCUGUGGCGUCCGACUGGCGGGUGGUGGUGGAGGAGCGGAUCAGAAGCAAAACCCGGCGGCUCUCCAAGGGUGGCCCGAGGGAGCGCCCGGCAGGCAGCCCUAACAGGUUCAGCUCUGUGGCCGGCCACUUCUUCUUUCCCCUCCUUCAGCACUUUGACAGGCCUCUGGUGACCUUCGACCUCUUGGGCGAUGACCAGCUGGUUCUCGGAAGGCUGACGCACACCUUAGGGGCCCUGAUGUGCCUGGCUGUUAACACCACGGUGGCUGUGGCCAUGGGCAAGGCCCUGCUGGAAUUCGUGUGGGCCCUUCGCUUCCACGUCGAUGCCUACGUGCGCCAGGGCCUGCUGUCAGCCGUCUCCUCUGUCCUGCUCAGCGUGCCUGCGGUGUGCCUGCUGGAGGACCUGCCGGACGAGCUGCUGGAAGCCCGGUCCUGGCUGGCGGAUGUGGCCGAGAAGGACCCAGACGAGGACUGCAGGACGCUGGCACUGAGGGCCCUGCUGCUUCUGCAGAGACUCAAGAACAGGCUUCUCCCGUCCGCGUCUCCCUAGUCCCUGGAGGCCUCCCUAGGCCCACACCCGCCAGCAGCAAGGAAGCCGGCAGCAGCCCAGAGCAGCAGAGCCAGGCUUUGUAGCGAGGCCAGGUCCGCGGCAGCAUCCGGUACGGAGAGUGCAGAUGCAGGAAGGCCUGGCCUGCUGCUAUUUAUAGCGCAGCAAGUCUGCUAAAAAUACACUGGGCCUGGGCACUGCCCAUCGGGACAUGGCAGCCUGGACGUGGGGCUGGGGUCGGGGCCGGGACUGCAGGCGCUGCUGGCGGCGUUGACUCCUCCAGUGAGGGCAGAACCAGGCUGGCAGGAGGGGAAGAUGGCACAGCUGCUGCUCAGCCCCUGAGGCGCUCCUUUGAGAGCCACCGAGCACGACAGAGCAGCUCCCGUCCCAGGUCCCAGGGCUUGGCUGUGUAUCCCCAGAACAGGAGGGAGCCCCAAGGCCAGAGCAUAGUUGUUCUGCUCACAGCCCAGGCAGGCCUGUGGUCCUGGAUGGGCUCGUGGGGUGGGGCGGGACAGGGCACGGGCUCUCAGAAAAUAAACUACUUUAUUAGAAUUAAA